AUGGCUGCUGUGGUCACUGUUUGCAGUGGCCUAGGGAGGAAGAAGUUGACAUACUGGGUAACAGCUGCUGUCUGCCUCACAGAUUCUGGAACUCACACAGUGUUAUAUAGAAGAGCUUGUUCACAGUAUAAACAAGUAACCAGCAACAAGAACCUGCCUGUUCCAAUGGAAAAUCCUUAUAAGGAAGGCCUUAAAAAGUAUAUCUUGUGUGGGAAACAUGUAGAUUAUAAGAAUGAGCAGCUUUUGUCCCAGUUUAUUUCUCCAUAUACUGGAUGCAUUCGUGGGAGGCAUAUAACAGGUCUCUGUGGAAAAAAACAAAAAGAAGUUUCAAAAGCAAUUAACAGAGCUCAAAUAAUGGGGUUUAUGCCAGUUCCAUACAAGGAUCCUGCAUAUUGCAAAGAUCCUAAAGUUUGUAACAUCAAAUAUUGGGAAUAA